UUUAAGGUGUUUGGUGGAAAUCUUAUUUAAAGAGAUUAUUCCACUAAAUAAGUUCUUUUUCAAAAACUUCUUUUAGAAGCUUUUUCAAUUAGCCUAUUCAAUUCUUAUGGUGAAAUGACAUCGAUACCCCCAUUUAAUUAAAAAAACCUAUAUGAAUCACCUACCCUAUAAUUAGCUUAUUGGUCAUUUCACAUAAUCAAUUAGAUUUAAACAAUCAACUAUUUUACCAAACACUUUUCUACAAUAAACUAAUAAAAUAAGUUAGUGAAAUCAGUUAAUACAAUCAACUUAUUAAAAUCAAUUAACACAAUCAACUUCACCUUUUCUCCAAACCCGGCCUAAAAUUUUUCAAUCACAGAUCACCCUAAUCCCCAAAUUACAAUGACUUUAAUAACGCUCUAAUGCACCCCCAAGGCCUCAACCAAAUAUUCAACGUCGAACCACUUAUCAAGUUAUCAGCCUUCACGCCAAAAUCCAAAACAGAAAAAACACUUGCACACCAACUGUUCGACAAAAAGCCUAACUGAAGGAAGAACAGAGGAAACUUCAAAAAUUUUCAAAACCUCUCUUUUAUCGAACCAAUUUCUUCUCCUUGCAUUCAAUUAAAAGCAAAGGAUCUUCUUUUUCAGUUGGAUACACAGCAAUUGUAAGUCUAUCAUGCCCAAUUUAGCUUCUUUUGUUUCUAGGGAAACUAAAUCAAUUAAAAUUCUAUUUGCAGUUGUAUUAAAGGGUGAUUGGAACCAAUUUUUAAAACCCCAAAUUGGUUCUAAUUUGACUUCAGUAAAAGUUGAGAAAAUAUUAUCACAUCUUUCAUUAGAUUAUUAUGAUUCAUGGGUAUUUUAUGAAUGGGUUGAAAAGAUUCCUGGGUAUAAGCAUUCCCUUGAAUUAACUUGGUCUAUGAUUCAUUUGUUGACAAAACACAACCACUUUAGAAUUGCACAGAAUUUGCUUCAGAAAAUUGCUCUUAAGAAUUAUUUAUCAUCCCACACUGUUCUGAAUGCCCUUGUGGGUGCCCAGCAUGACCCAGGUUCGAAUUCGCAGAUUUUGAGUUGGUUAGUGAUAUAUUAUGCUGAUUCUAAGAUGACUCAGGAUGCUAUUCAAGUGUUUGAGUACAUGAAAAUUAAUAGGAUUAAACCUCAUUUACAUGCUUGUACUGUACUUUUGAGUUCUCUAGUGAAGGUGGGGUUGACUGCUACCAUGUGGAAAAUGUACAAUAUGAUGUUGAAACUUGAGAUUGAUCCUAAUAUUCAUGUGUAUAAUGUGUUGCUUCAUGGUUGUUGCAAGUCUAAGGAUGUGGAAAAGGCGGAACAGUUGUUGAAUGAGUUGGAAUUGAAGUGCAUAUUGCCUGAUCUUUUCACUUAUAAUACACUGAUUUCUUUGUAUGUAAAGAAUGGUAAACACUAUGAAGCUUUGUCUGUUCAAUACAGGAUGGAAAAUGCUGGUGUGGCACCCGAUAUUGUGACUUAUAAUUGCCUAUUAUUUGGAUUUUGUCGGGAAGGUAGGAUGAGGGAGGCUUUGAGGCUUUUUAAUGAUAUCAAGGGUGCAAAACCUAACCUUGUGACAUAUACCACUUUGGUUGAUGGAUAUUGUCGGGCAAAUGACGUAGAGGAAGCAUUGAGGUUGUGCCAAGUAAUGGAGGCUAAAGGUGUCUAUCCAUCAGUUGUUACUUAUAAUUCGAUUCUACGCAAACUUUGUGAACAAGGGAGGAUACGGGAUGCGAACAAGCUUUUGAAUGAGAUGAGCGAGAAGAAGGUAGAGCCUGAUAAUGUUACUUGCAAUACAUUGAUAAAUGCUUAUUGCAAGAUAGGAGAUCUGGAAUCUGCCUUAAAAGUCAGAAACAAGAUGUUAGAGGGUGGGUUGAAGGUUGAUCAAUAUACUUUUAAGGCACUUAUACAUGGUUUCUGCAAUGCCAAAGAGAUAGAUAAAGCAAAAGAGCUGCUUUUUGAUAUGCUUGAUGCGGGUUAUUCUCCAAGUUUUUGCACUUAUUCGUGGAUUGUAGAUGUUUACUGUCACCUGGAUAAUGAAAAGGCAGUAGCAAGACUGCCAAAUGAGCUUGCAAAGAGAGGUCUAUUUGUUGAUAUCUCAGUGUAUCGAGCUCUUAUUAGAAGUCUGUGUAAAAAAGACAGAACUGAAUGGGCUAAAAUAAUUUUUGAUUGUAUGGAAGAGAAAGGAAUCAAGGGAGACAGUCUUGUAUACACUAGCUUAGCAUUUGCCUACUUUAAAGAAGGGAAGAGAAGGGAGACCUCAGAGUUAUUAGAUGAGAUGUACAAGAGGAGGUUAAGUGUAACAUUAAGAAUAUAUAAAUGUUUAAGUGCUUCAAAAGCAAGUGAGAGCAACUUAUUAGAGGUCUUUUGGAAUCACUUGUUGGAAAGAAAGCUUAUCUCAAAGAAUGUUUACAAGCACAUGCAAGACCUAAAUUGACCUCCCAUUAAGCUGAGUGACUUUUGUAUCCUGGCAUUUCAAUGCAGCAUGUCGAAAUUGGACAGGGAUACGGAUACCCUUUUCUGGAAAAGAAUGACGGGAUAUAAGUAAUUUUGCUCUGUGUUCAUUCAAGCUUUCCAGCUCAACUACCUUCUUUACUGGUGUAGGUAUUGUGUUGAUCAAUGGUUUCUUCUAGGUGACCAAAGCACCAAACUAUGUCAUAACUUGUGAGGAAAGCCAAGAAACAUUCAAAUGGGGAAUCAAGAUAGUAACAGAUGAUUCAGAAAUUAACUCUUACAAGUCUUUUACCUAUCAAGGUGUCAAAUAGUGUCUUCAUGACUGUGUUUACCUAUAUGGUCAAGGUGCGAAAGAUACAGAUAUAGCUAAACUUGUAAAGACGUGGGAGUAAAAAACAGGAGCAAGAGAAAGAAAGUUAUAUGGUUUUUCUGCCCAAUAGAUGUAUGCAAUUUCUUAAGGAGUACAAGCCAUUUUAGUAUGACCUAUUUAUGGCUUCUGGUGAGGGCCAAGGAGUUUCCAACAUUAUUCCUCUGAUAUGGGAAGACCUCCAUGUUGUGACGAAGAAGGUGUUAAGAAAGGACCCUGGAUUCCUGAAGAAGAUCAAAAACUCCAUUCGUUAUGGUUCUGCGAGAGAGGGAGAUUUGAGGUAUGGGGCUCUUGUUUUUUCAUCACCAUUGACAUUUCUACCGCGGAUGCCGCCGCCGCCGUCAAGGUUCUCUUCUUCUUGAUUGUUUGUUCAUAUUGAUGAUUUCUGGUGAUAUAUUUGAUCAAUUUGAUUUUGGAUUACUGAGUGUUCUCGGAAACCCUAGAAUUUAACUAAAUAUAAAUUCAAGAAAAAUAUGACAGAAGUUAAAAAUUGGAAAAUUACCCAACAUUUUAUUAGCACACACAAUUUUGGAAAUCUUAGACAAUAAUUUACAUAGGUAAUUGCUACUUAUUGUAAAUUUUUUGUUUAUUUAGUGAGAAAUUUGAAAUCAAUUAAUUCUGAUUCAUUUAGCUAUACUGGGGUAAUUAACUUAUUUUUAGCUAUAAGAUUUCUGCUAAUGUGAAAUAUACCAAGGAUUAGAAAAUGCUAAUGGGAAUAACCUUCAGCAUCAAAAUGUUUGGCUGAAGUACAAUUACUUGAAAGAACAAUUUAUAUCUACAAGAAAACAAAAGCAACUCCAGAGGAUUACACUUUUGGUCACCUAUUUUAGUCAGAAAACUACACCAGAACAGCUGCGUGCUUUAAAGAAUCUAUAUGAACUCAAGUUCAGCAUAAUGUCUACAGGAUUACAAAACAUAACAUUGCAGUCUCUCAAAAUUAAAUAGUAGGUCAAACGAUGGACUAUUUUUGGCACCUGUGUAUUAGCUCUUUGGUUUCCCAAUAGUUAAGUUACAUACAAAUAAGACAAUUUCAGACAUUUUUUUUUCUCUAUAAAGUUUUUACUACCCGUGUUUAGGAGACAAAAUAAGAUGAGCCAAAUACAGCCUUAAUGAUAAGAGAUAUGAUUGUCUAUCGGUCUUGUACUAUUUUUAUUGGUUAAUUGUUUGUCAUUAUGAACUUGUAAUGUGUCAACUAAAGUCGGAAGGAGAUAGUAGUUUGAUAAUGUAGUGGUCGUGUUUAUAUGGCCAAUGUCGAGUUUAAUGUGGCAUAGUAUGUGAUUGAUAGGCAUCAAAGAUCAUAGGUGAAAGUGGAAAAGCAUGGCAGGAGCAAAAAAAAGCCUUAUGUCGAAGUUAGGUGAGGAUGAAAAUGACAAGAGUAGAAAUAGGCCAUAAGAUGAUUUUAUAAUUAAUCUCUCUUGUUUUGGUGAGUGUAUGAUAAAGGGGUGCGCGAGAGAGGAGAGAAAGGUGCAACGUGAAGGAAGAAAUGAGACAGGGCUGAGCUGAAGCACAUUAGUCAUUUUGAACAGCAGCCUUGAGAGUUAUUGAUAGAGAAGAUGAGGGUGAAUUGAAGGUGGAAGAUUGAGCAACCUGUCUAUGUAAUAUGUAUGGUAUUGCUAAAUUUUGUAUUUGUUUUUAUUAAAUUUUUGUUAUAAGAGUGAAUUUUUCCGUGAGCUACGACAAUGGAAUAUACUUAUUUAAUAUGCUGUUAGUUCAACUUUAGAUGAAGAAAUGAUAUUAUCGAAUUACUGAGGGAAUAUUAACCAGUAUCUUUUUCUUCUCAAAAGCAAAAUUCAUAAAAUAUUUUCUCAUUUCUCGAAAUUCAUAUAUGUAUAUUAUUAAGCAUGUUUGGUAGAUUUUUUUUUUUUUUUUACCCCAUUCAAUAGGUUAUCUGGAUUUGAGUAAAAUGAUUUCUGAAGCACAAUGCAUAUAUCCUAUGAACAGAUUCAAGUCAUUCAACACUAUAUCACUUAAAGAGAAUUAACAGGAGAGGUUUUUAAAAUCUAUUUAAUUAUUGAGGGAUAAGCCAGGAAGCUUUGACAAGGUUUGGUGAUAAAAAAAAGUUGAAUUUUGUAAAAAAUUCCUCACUCAUAAUCCUUUGUUGCUACUGAACACUCUCGUGGAAAAUCUAGACACUCCGGGGAUGUUAUGCGUAUGAUUGAUACAAUUAAUCAUUUAUUGACUGGGAUAAGCAAUCCUUAGUUUUUCUGAAUUUGUAUGUUAUCUGCAGACUGUAUGCUGGUGUUUCUGAUGCUCUAAGAUUUACAAGCUUAAGAUAUACAUCACAAAACAGGUAGUUCCUAUCCUUGUCAAUAUAUAAACAUAAAAGAAAAGGUUCGAUGAAUCUUUGAAGUACCUCUCAGACCACUAAAAUCAAUGUAAUUAUAUACGUGGCUUGCAGGUUUGUGUUCAUGACUUCAUGUUUAAGUUUGGCCUCGAUCUCAUUUUGCUGAUUUCUUUUGCAAUACUACUGUUGUAGCUGGAUGUUGCCAUAAACUUAGGAAAUUGUGGUGGUCCUGUCUUUAGUGCCAAAGGCAGUUGUGUAAACAUUGCAUUUCAAUCAAUAAAACUGAAAGUAUUGGUUAUGUUAUAAACUUUGCAAGCUUAUAAAAGGAGAGAGAAAGAGAUCACUUUUAAGAGACCAUAUCAAGAGUGUACUUGGGAUACGGAAUACAAAACACUUUAAAAGAGUUACCAAAGAAGGUCCAUGGGGGUUUGGGAAAAUUAUUCAAACCGUAAAAUAGAGUUAGAUGGAGAGAGGAAGAGGGAACAAGAAGGUUGGUAAGGGGGGGGGGGAUACGAAGGAUAAAUGAGACAAGGAAAAGGGACAAAUAGUAAGGAGCCUUUAGAUUUGAAGUAUAUUUUGACGGGUAAUUUGAAUGCGAGGAGGCCGAAUAAGAUUAAUGAGGCUACCAAGAUGCCUGAGAAGAGAAAAGAAGAGAUUGAGAUUAGGUUGUUGCUGCUAGGUUGUUGCAGAAAAUGUCUGAGCAGGGCAGGAGAGGGAAAGGAGGUGGUGGUUUGAUGUAGAGUAGUUUGGUUUCUAAUACUGGUGUUAAGAAGGUUGGUUAUAGGGGAAAAUACGGAUUCUAAAAGGAAUUCUAGCUUUUCUGAGAGAAAGUGGGAGAUCUAAAAGGAUUUCUAACUUUCUAAGGGUCACAUACCAUUUUAAUUCUUUCAAUAAGACUCUAAACUAAUCUGUAUAUUCAAUUGUCAGUUUAUGUGCAUCAAUAACUAACAUCCUUUUCAUUUUCAAUCUUAGAGCAAUGAUAUAUCUUUCUUGUACAUUAAGUGUGAUUAGAAAUAUUGCAAGAUCUGUAAUUUUCAUCACCUGAAGUUAGGUGUGUGUGUGUGUGUGUGUGUGUGUUUUUUUUUUUGGUUAAUACAAGUAUAUAAAAUUGUUGCCUUCUUCGGUUGAUUGCUGUAUUCUUCAUUUGAUUGUUGUAUUCUUCAUUUGACAGGUUUUGGGGAUUUCUAAUGAUGAAAGGUUGAUACAUCUGUUGGUUAAAAUCUCUCUUAGUAUGACUUUCAGAAUGAUCCUCUUUUAGAAGUGAAAACUACUUGUGGGUCUCUUUUGUAUGAACUUUCAGAUAAUAUGGGAUGAAAUGAACAAGCCUGAAAUAACUAGGGAUAUGAUAUUACUUGAGCUCAAACAAGAAUGCAUAGAAGUAUACACGAGAAAAGUUGAUGUAGCUAACCACUCUAGAGCUCAGCUACAACUGGCUAUAUAUUGAUGAUUCAGAGGUAGAACUUGCAGCCAUUUAUUCUGCAAUUGGAGAACUACCAUUACGUAUCACAUAUGUAAAAGUUGCUAUAAUUAAUUUGAGAACUUGGUAGGAUUAGUAACCUUCACUCCUUUUUAGAAUGCUUGAUCAGGUGUCUAAUUUUAUAAUGCUUUGUGUGAUUCCGCGGUUUCUAUUUCAGUAAUUCUUGCCAAAAUUCGAUUGAAGAAGCUGGAAGCCUGAUACUGUUUCAGAAGUCCUUAAAGAAAUUUUGUAGGUCAUUUAUGAGAUAAAAUUAAAUAAUUUUUCUUGUUGAGGUUAUGGAAUACUUCUGUUCAUACACCCUUUUUUUUUUUGACAGAGCAACUUUUUAAUUGCCAAGCGGUUCAUCUUGAAUUCUUGACUACAGGCUCAUAUUGAAAAUUCUUAGCUUUAUGAUUACCCCAUAGUAAUAUUCCACUGAAUCCUGCAUUUACAGGCAAAGAAAUGUGUUGGUACCAUGCAGUUCAGCAGUUGAUAUUCUGAAAAAAUUGAAGCUUAGGCUAUGCUACAAUUGGGUUAUUUAAUCUUAUCAACCCUUUACUUUACAUCCACACCAUCACUACAUAAUCCUUUUACAGUUACUCCAAUAUUUCAUCAUUCUUUAUAUUCACUUUCAUUUUCUUUAGUUAAAUUGUUUAUCCCCUCACUUGUACGCUACCCUCAAUCCAAGCAUGCCUUUAAUUGUUAGUCAUCUCUCAUCUAGUCAUUUGAAGGACUGAAGCAUUUAGGACUCCCUGUAGCUGAAUGUUUGUGCAAAGGACAUUCCCCGUCAAGCAUAGCGCCUGUGUAUUGUAUCUUUGGAUUUUAAGUGAGGAGUUCUGGAAGAAGCAGGGAAUAUGUAGUAUUUGUGUGCCAAUAUUAGGCUCUAAGAUAUUGCUAAAGCUUGUUUUCUGAUAUUCUGUCAUUGGAAUUGCGGAACUGUUAUCAAUAGGUAUGGUUUUAUUAAGAUGUCAAAUACAGGUGACUUCAACUUGAGAUUACUGUAUAUUUUUUUUCCUCCAUUCGUGCUAUGAAGUAUGAACUUUACUUGAGAAUUUAGAUAUUGAUUUAAAUCACCACUUCGGAUUAGUGCUGCCAGCCUAAUUUGUUGCUGAACAAAGUAUUCGACAUCCGAUUGUUUCUUUGUUUUUUAGGAUAAAUUUAGCUUACGUAGGAUUUAUUUCGAGAUCACACGAAAGAUUUUUUUAUAUCAAAUAAAAGAUAAAACAAAUAUACUUCUUCGUAUUCGCAAUUUCUACCCUACUCGAGGAGUCCCUAAUACUAGUUGCUUCGAAUUAUGUUAGGGAUUUUUUAUAAAAAAAAAAAAAAAAAAAAAAAAAAUUUGUUUUACUAAUUUUAUAUGUAGAGAAUUAAGAAGAAAUGCACUUUUAAACUGAAAUCUCACACAAGUCAAUAUAUGGUAGAAGGGUAAGAAAAUUCCUACUUAAAAGUGCAACAAAUGAGGAUAGAUCUUACAACCUCGGUUAUUACUUAUUGGGAUUUGAUCUGACAAUUUGAAUUAGUCAAGUCUAGUGGACUUGCGAAUCAAAAGUACCUCAAGUAUUUUACAACUUUAGCACUACCCUGCAAGAGUUGUUCUAGAUUCCUAAAAAAAAAAAAAAAAAAA